AUGAUGAUGUUGGUUGUUGCUGAGAAGGGCAUCUUUUUUGGUGGGUUUUCUGUGAAGAUCAAGGAGAAGGAACAAAGGAAGAAGGAAGAAACAGCAAUGAUUCCGGAGGAGGAAGAAGAGUUGGGUUUCGUUGACGGCGGUGCCAGAAAAGGUAAGAAGUUAGGUGGAGGGAACAGCAGUGGCGACAACGAUGGUGGUGGUUUUUUCACUGGAGGUAGUGCAAAUCAGAGCAAGAUCGAUGCUUAUUAUCAAAAGAUGUUGAAAGCAAGUCCUGGAGAUCCACUUCUUUUAAGGAAUUACGGACAGUUCUUGCAUCAGGUGGAGAAAGACGCAGUGAGAGCUGAAGAGUACCAUGGAAGAGCGAUAUUAGCGAGUCAAGGGGACGGUGAAGUGUUGUCUCUGUAUGGGAAGUUGAUCUGGGAAAUGCAUAGAGAUGAACCCAGAGCCAAUUCUUAA